GAGGGCGAUAGCAACUGGGCCACGCGACGAGCGAAUCCGAGCGCCAUCGUCAAUCAUCAACAGGCUUGCAAGUCUUCAGACUUCAUUAGGGCCUUCAGCAUAGGCCAAGCGUUUCACACGAAGAAAGGCAUGACCAAAGUAGCACCAGUGAAACUGAACUGCAGUGCCUGCGGGCAAUUCAUCGUAGAAGCCACAGGGGAACAGAAGUUCUAUGCCUGCGUCAGUUGCUGGAGGAUGGGGCACGCCUUGGGCAUUUGUACCACUUGCUUUCAGAACGAGAGGUACUGCUUGAGCGAUUCCGAGGACGGCCCGGCACCACAACCGCGGGCACAUUUGGCGAAACGCAUCAGCAACGGGUCCAUGACCGGAUCCGUAGGCAUUGAGACGGUGGUGCCACCCCCGCUGGCUAUGGAUCCUUCGCCACCCUCGAGCGAGUCCGAGGACGAGCUGCAACUGCCAGGCGCUGUGGUGGAGGAGAAGAAGAAGACGGGCCGGCGGCGGCAGUCGACCUCCCGCGCCCGGGCACGGAGAACAUCAGUGGAGUUGGAAACUGAAGAUCUCUCAGAUUCGCCAAGCGUUUCAGAUCCACCUGGCGAGACUUCCAAAGGAAAAGUGCUUUCAAGCCAGACAAGCAUGAAGUCAACACAGUUGUCGACUCAAGGGUCGAUGUCUUCCUUUAAGUCAGGUUCCAGGCGUUUGUCGAGCCAGAACUCUUUAUUGGUGCCUCCCAGUGAUGGCAGCCCGAGCCCUCAGAAGGGUCUUCGAAGACUGUCGACGCAGGAGCUUCAUGCGACAUCACCGGGCCCCACAAAGUCGCAGAGCGCUCCCAGUUUGAAGCGACGAAUGUCCUCGCCGACCAUUAGCCCGGAUGGCAGCCCCAUGCCAAAGCAAGUCGCCAAGAAACCCACACGGCGGAUGUCAACACAAGGGCCGAUGAAAUCGACGCCUCCAGAUGGUGACGCCAGCGCGGGAAGCAACGCUGCCAAUGUCAGCAAUGGCCCCACACCGGAGGCGACACCCAAGCGCAAGCCGGGACGGCGGAUGUCCACGCAACAGUCCUUCAAGUCGACAGGCACCGGGGGUUCAGCGCGUCGCCAGUCGCUGGCGGUGCCUCUGGAGGAGGCCGCGAACUCGACGAGUUCGGCGCCGCGUCGUCCCAGCACCUCUGGCGGCAAGCGGCGGAACUCCGGCGCCAAAAACACGGCGGAUGAUGAGGAGAAGCGGGCGGAGGAGCAGCGCCGGCAAUCCGACGCUUCGCAGAGAAGUGUCGAACACUUGCACAGACGAGACCAAGCACCUCUUCCCAGCGGCGUGUGGUCUGCUAUCUUCGUCGAGGGCCGCAAAAAGCACACCAGAAAGGAAGAGAGACAUUUGAUUUUCACCGUGGAUGGGUAUAUUUCUGGCGCUGGGCAAUUCAAUAGCUCUUUGGAGGGCCGCUUCAAACUACCAAAUGUGAAUUGGACUGAGACCUAUUCCUGGGGCACGAUCAAGGUGAAAGCCGAGCUUUGCAAAGUCCCAUUACGACUCGAGGGAACCUUUGAGACAUCAGAUUCGGGAUCUGGCUCCGUCACCUUCCUUCCAGCUGAUUCUGGUGUUUGA